AUGGGGGUAGACGACGCCAAGGUAUUGGAGACAAGAUUACAAGGUAUCAAAUGCAAAGAAAUGGUACUAGAGGUUAACAUAUCCAAGCAUCAGAGAAAGGAAAAGGUCAACCAACACCAACGAAUCUCUAGAACUUGGAGGAAUCCACACAUGAAUGAAAUCUCUCUUCUCAAAUCAGCUCACAGUCUUGACCAUAUGGGUACACUCCAUGCCCUGGGAAUAAUAUCGGAAGAAACCAAAUAUCUAGGGGGUUUAAGAAUUGCUAUUGACUUUAAGUGCUCCAAAAGUGCAAAUGAAUUCCUAGAAGAUGAAAGUCGAUGGAAAGAUUGGUUCAAAUGGUUGGGGAGAGCUGAUCACCAUAAUGUUCGAUAUGAAAGAACUGCUUGGCUGAAGAUUCUUGGGGUUCCCUUGGAAUUUUGGGAUGAAGAUAAUUUCUCACUUAUUGCAAGCAGGUUCGGUAAGGUUAUAAACACAUUUGAUUCAAUCUCAAGUAGAAGGGACUAUUCCAUGGGGAAGGUUGGGAUCCUAACAACAAGAAGAACAUGGAUUAAUGAAGAAGUUAUAAUUGAAGUCAGUAACACGAAAUACAGAGUAGGUGUGGUGGAAUACACGGAUGAUUGGUCACCAUUCAAACCCGCCCCCUUUGAUAAAGUAGAGGAAUCCGAAGAUGAGGAAGAAGAUUAUGAAGGGAUUUCAGAAACAUCGAUAGACGGAGAAGAAAACGAACCGGAAGAAGGCGAAUUCCGACCUGAUCAAACUCAGGUGUUCAUGGCAACGGAACCAACUACAGAAGCUCAGAUCAAUUCCGGCAAAACGAAGUCCGCGCCGGUAAGUGACACUCACGCUGAUGAACCGUUGGGCGCAACUAUCGAUCCUACAGUUAAUGUCGUCGCCCCUCCCAAAGUAUUGGAGUCGAUUGAAAUCCCCGAUUCCACAGCCCCUGCAUCACAAUCAACUAAAGCUCCCUUCGUUUCCUUUAUGGACCCUAAUUCAUCUUUUGGGCCUAAGAAAAAUCCUAUCCUUGGGCCAAUUGAAAAUUUGGUCCCCCUUGGGUGUUUUGGGCCAUUCCCAACAAAUAAUGGCACUCCUAUAUUCUCGUUUAUUUCUCAGCAGGAAAAAAAAUGA